AUGUCCCAUCCCUCAUCACGAACCCCCAAGGCCGCUCCUGUGCCGUACUUUACGCUCAACAAUGGGGUCAAGAUGCCGGCCGUGCUAAUGGGCUGCUGGCAGGGUGACUUUGAGGGCGAAGGCAAGAAUCUAGAUCUGGCCAUCCGCAACGGCUACAGAGGCUUGGAUACCGCCACACAGUACAAGGUACGCAUCGACGCAGCAAUCUUUUGCCUUUGAGGACUAAGCUGAACAGUCUUUCCUCACUGCAGAACGAAGCCAUCGUGGGGCAAGUUAUUGCCGAGUCGGGACUUCCUCGCGAUCAGCUCUUUGUCACGAGUGAGCAGCGUGCGCCAAUCGAUUGAAGACAGACGUAACAAUCGCUCACUCCUUUCGCCACGCUCGUAGCCAAGCUUGCAAAUUCAGAGUCAGUGUCGAGUGCUGCAACGAGCCAAUGGAUGCGCAGGCCAAUGCUCAUACCAGACUGCCAUUCUCUCCCUCUCUCUCCCUCUCUCGACUUGCAGACACCACGAUGUCGCUGGCGCUCUUUCUCGCUCGCUGGAAAAGCUCGGAGGUCAGAUCGAUCUGUACCUGAUGCACUGGCCACAGGGUGUGGACCCAUCCACCGGCGCCCUUUUCUCCGAUCAGCCGAGGGGCAAUGAGCUUCCAGACUAUGUUCGCACAUGGAAAGAGAUGGAGAAAGCUUACAAAGCGUCAAAUGGAAAAGUCAGAGCCAUCGGUGUUUCCAACGUGAGUUUGCGCGCCGAGCAGUUUCUGGCAUUUCGUCUGCGCAUCUCACGUUGGGCGCGCUCGCGAUAGUUCUCGAUCAAGACCUUUACGGAGCUUUUGAAGCAUGCAGAGGUGGUACCAGCAGUGAACCAAAUCGAGUGAGUGAGCAACAGUGCCGCUUAGCAUGCGUGGCAGACUCGCUGACGCCUUCCCACUAUCGCCAGAGGCCACCCAUACCUCCCAGAAGCCGAGCUAGUGCAGUGGAGCAACGAGCGCAAGAUUCACACCUCUCUUUACAGCCCGUGAGUGCACACUCUGCGGCUUGCUCGAGCCUUUUCUUGUUUUCUUUUGCUAACAUGAAUAUGCGCGUGACAGCCUCGGACAGUCCAAUUCGCCGCUGCUAAAGGACGACCUGCUCAACUCUAUAGCCACCUCGCACAACGCAACGGUAGCUCAAGUCAUCUUCGCCUGGGCCAUCGCCAGCGGCCUUUCGGUCAACCCGCGAUCGACGAACCCUGAGCGGCAGGUGCAGAACAUCACGCUGAUCACGCUCACAGACGAAGAAGUGAAGAGGAUCGAUACGCUGCACAAGGAAAAUGGCAAGCACACACGUCUGUGCAAUGUUGCGUGGUCGAAGGAAAAUUCUACUGCGGCAGGAUGGACACUCGAACAGCUUGGCUGGGAGAUCGGUUUUGAAACGGCUUGA